ACUCCCCCUUUUAUUUCAGCAGCACGCUGCAAUCUCAGAGUUCUCCUUUAAGUGCUUUUUCCUCCCCUGCUCUCGCUGCAGCUCUGCGUGGAUUACAGCAGUCAUGUUAAGAAACUCGGUUUUCUCCUGCUUUGUUUUCUACGGCGUGCUGCUGGUGUUAAAGAUGUACAUAAUAGCCGUCAUAACGGGACAAAUAAGACUGCGUAAAAAGGCUUUUGCCAACCCCGAGGACGCGCUCAGACACGGAGGUUUACAGUAUCACAGAGAAGAUCCAUAUGUGGAAAGAUGCCGGAGAGCUCAUAUUAAUGACAUGGAGAACAUCUUCCCUUUUCUCUUCUUGGGCGCCAUCUACUCCAUGACUGGACCUUCACUGUGGGUGGCACGGCUUCACUUCCUCGUCUUCUUCAUCUGCCGUGUGCUGCACAGCUUUGCCUACCUGCUGGCCCUGCAAGCACCGACCCGGUCCGUGGCCUACACUGUUGCUCAGAUUCCCUGUGUGUCCAUGGCCGUGCAGAUCCUGAUGGCAGUCAUAUCAUACGCCUAAAAAAAACGAAUAAAUCAAAAACAAAAUAAAUCCAGGAACAAGGGACUGAACUAAAGGCUGUGAUCUGAGACUCAAGACGGCUCAAUAUGUGUGACCUGUGUCAGAAAGUAGUGGGAGAAGGAUUCUUGAUGCACUUCCUGUAAAGACAAGUGGAAGUGCAAUACAAGGUCUUUGAUAACACCAGUGCUGGGUUUUGAGAUUGAUUAUCAGUAUUUUUUUUCUUCUUUUUGGCAAAGUUUGAAAUAUAACAGUGUCUUAUUAAGAUAUCUGAAGUUUUCCACCUCUGCGCUCAGCUUUGGCCACUGAUCUUUUGUGUUUACACAAACCAUAGACCACUAUUCAUGUAUUGUCAUGCCACCCCAUGCUUUUGUUUCCUUGUGGAUGGAUGCAUGUGCCUGUGUCUGUUCAACAACAGCAUGAUGGUUCCUGGUAUGAUGAUUGAUAUGCUGAAAGUUUAAAUAUACUUGAUGCUCUGUGUGUGUGUGUGAGUGAGAGAGAAACGGGUUCAGAGUACACGCCUUGCAACAACCUUCUGAGGGAUUUUCUAGCGUAUAAUUGUGUGUAAAUGUAUCUGUGAAGGCACUUGGUGAGUUUUGUAAUUUAUUCAAUUUAAUGUUUUUGAAAGGAAAACUUGUAGACAAUAAAAACUAUGCACAUCUAA